AUGGCCAAGGCUAAGGCAGCAGCACCCACGUCGUCAAGCGGCGGCAAGGCCGCAAAGAAGAAGAAGUGGUCCAAGGGCAAGGUUAAGGACAAGGCACAGCACGCCGUCGUCCUCGACAAGCCUACCUUCGACCGCAUCAUCAAGGAGGUCCCGACCUUCCGCUUCAUCAGCCAGUCCAUCCUCAUCGAGCGUCUGAAAAUCAACGGCUCCCUGGCACGCGUGGCCAUCCGGCACUUGGAGAAGGAGGGGACGAUCAAGCGCAUUGUGCACCACAGCGGCCAGCUGAUCUACACGCGGGCAACGGGUGGUUCUGAUUAA